ACACCACAAAUUAAUCCAAUACAAGCCUUAGUUUUGCUUAGCUUGAACACACAAAACUAGGUAUCCACAUUACAGAAUUGAUAAUUAACUAGUUCAGCAUGGCCUCUGCACCAUCAGUGUUUGUUACUGCAACACUUCUUGUGUUCAUCUAUGGUUGCUGCAGUACUGCAAAUGCUCAGCUCUCUCCCACCUUCUACUCAAAAACUUGCCCAACUCUUCUAAGCACAGUUCGCACCGCCAUGAGUCAAGCUGUUGCUAAAGAGUCUCGCAUGGGUGCCUCCAUUCUUCGCUUGUUCUUCCACGACUGCUUUGUCAAUGGCUGCGACGCUUCGAUUCUGUUGGAUGACACUGCUUCCUUUACAGGCGAGAAGAAUGCGUUCCCAAACCAGAACUCUGCGAGGGGUUUCGAAGUCAUUGACACCAUUAAAACUCGCGUCGAAGCAGCUUGUAAUGCUACAGUUUCUUGUGCGGAUAUUUUAGCUCUUGCAGCUCGAGAUGGAGUUGUCUUGCUUGGAGGAAGCUCGUGGACUGUACCACUAGGCCGCAGAGAUGCAAGAACGGCAAGCCAAAGCGCCGCCAACAGCAACCUCCCAUCUCCAUUCGCAGACCUCGCGGCUCUCAUCUCAAGCUUCACCGCCAAAGGCUUAACCGCCAAGGACAUGACCGUGCUCUCUGGGGCGCACACUAUAGGCCAAUCACAGUGCUCUUCCUUCAGGACUCGCAUCUACAACGAGACCAACAUCGACCCUAGCUUUGCCACCACUCGCAAGUCUACUUGCCCGGCCAGUUCUGGAAAUACCAACUUGGCUCCGUUCGACACAACUCCGAACAAAUUUGAUAAUGACUACUACAAGGCGCUUGUGGGACGCCAAGGGCUUCUUCAUUCCGAUCAGCAGUUGUUUAAUAAUGGAUCUCAGGACGCGUUGGUUAGAACUUACAGUACCAACGUUGCUGCGUUUAAUAGGGAUUUUGCUGCGGCCAUGGUGAAGAUGAGUCGGAUUAGUCCUCUGCUUGGGGCCAAAGGAGAGAUCAGGAAAAACUGCAGACUGGUGAAUUAAUUGAAAAUGUACAACCACUUCAGUAAUUCUCUAGUUCUCCUGCUACGGAGUAUAAUUAACAUUGUAACAUAGUGGUUAAUUAAUAAAGCUUUGUUCAUUGGACAC